UGUUUCACACCCAUUAUUAAGAAUGUUGCAGCGGUAUCAGUUUGAGAGUUUUUGGAAUGAAUGAAUGAGGCAAUCAUUUUAUAGAGUUCACAGACCAAAGAGCGGGAACUGUGCAAAAUAUAUUGGGCGACAAUUAGACUCGCAAGUUUUUCGUAAGCUACCUUUUUAACUACAUUUUUAACAUGUAAAAAAUGUCUUGUUUACAUGUGUUCAUCAUGCCAUGCGUCUUAUAAAAAAUGAACAUGUAAUACAAUUCUUGAGGAAACGGAAACACAAAACAAAGUAAACUAGCUGAUUUACACUUCUAAAUUGUAGCAUUGUCUGUAUUAGUGGAUGUAAAUACGCGUGUUGUUGUGUUACGUCAGAGUCCUCUUCUGCAAAGUAGUAUUAUGACGACGCCAUUCUUAUGACAAUCACUUUGUGGAUGUAUCUGUAAUAUUAACAGUAAGUCGUUCCAGUGCAGUCCACGACGUUUGUUUAGAUGGCAAUUGAAGCGUGGCUGGAGUCUUCCCUGCGCCGUUCAUCUAAACUCGGCCAGGAGGUGUUGGAGAAAGCAAAAAAACGAUCUGUCGACUGGACAAGCACAAGACCAAGGUCAUCACCUAUGUUCAGUCACAAUGAGAGAGUCACGGAGAGAGACCGUUCCCAUUCAAGCCUGGACCAUACUUUUGCAGCAAUAGUGGAGUACAUGGCAGAAACUACAAGGCAAUGCAAGAUGUUCUACACGGAUGUGCACCUGGCUGAGUCCAGGGAGCGAGAACAUGUCUGUCGCUACCAUUCCCAGCAGAUGUUGAGGAAUGUGGACCAGAAACAGAUUACUAGUGCAUCCAUCAAACGAGACAUUGCACGUUUUGACCAUGGCAAACUAUUCAAAUAAUGAAAAUGAAAUUGUAGCAUAAGGAAUAUUACCAAAGUUGGGUGGAUAGGGAUUAGCUAUAUUUAACCAAGGGAUAGUUACUACAGCCUAUAUUCUAGAAAUCAACUCCUCAGAGUGGUUCAUCUGCAUAUUUUAUUGAAGGAUUUGUUAGAACCAGAGGAUUUCGCUAUUGAAGUGUCUCCAGGUUUCUAUUCUAUCACAGCAGCAAUGCAGGACUCAAGGCCACAGACAAAAACUGUCCACAUCAAUGCUGGGGAAAGUAUGAGCUUCACAUUCAAACUCUGACUUUGAACUUCACCUGCACAUUAUAUGGGUGAAGUAUAAUGCUUUAACAAUACAGGACUCAAAAUGAUAAAUUAAAUGACUGACUCUGCUUGAGUUCUUUUAUCAGCCUUAAAUGUACAUGUUUUCUGCUCAGGGAGAUUAUUUUUGUAAUAAUCAAGCAUUUUAAAAUGUAUAUUGGGGCAUAGAAGCCAUAAUAAAUUUUUAUAACAU